UUUUACAAACAUUUUUAAAGCACAGUAAGGCUAAGUAUUUAUUUAUUCUUACUUGUUAGACUAUCAGCUGUGCAGAUUUCGUAGUGGGAUCAUAAAGAGGUUACAGACCACGAUCGUUCAAACCACAAUGACAAGAAAGACAAGAUUUUCGUGACUUCCGCGGAUCAGUUGCGAAGUCACACGGUCACACCACAUUUUACAAUGGCGACGAAACGGCUUGCUUCCAUUGAUACUGAUGCGUAUGCAGCAGUGUGCGAAUAUUCCCAGAAUGGAUCUAUGCUUUAUUGUGGAACAUAUCAACUGGAGGGAAAAGAGAGCGGUGAUCCUAGUGCCACCCGUCGCGUUGGUUCUCUGCUGGUCGUUAAAAACCAGAAGAUUGUCCAUCAACUGCACGGUCUUCCUGGAGUGCUGGAUGUGAAGACACUGGAUCGUGACGAUAUCAUUCUAGCAAUGGCUGACGGAACUUUACGCGUUGUACAAAAUUUGCAGUCGGAGCGCGACGACGGACUUGAACAUUUCGGUAUUCUUGAAGCUGCGAAGAUAGAGUGCACUAAGGGACUCGCCUUGGCAGUGGCCUGGACUAAGGAGUCCGAGAAUACAGGUUCGAUUUUGCUGGCGGUUUCUGAUUCUGUUGGUAACGUGACUAUUCUGCGAGAACGAGAUGAAGAAUUUCGACAUGUGCAGUCUUCAACGUUACACGAGUAUGAAGUCUGGACCGUUUGUUUUGACGCCGAAAACUCCAACAUUGUGUACUCUGGUGCGGACGACUCCUUGUUGAAAGUGACAGAUUCUAGAAUGCCAGAUGUUGCGCGGACUGUUCAUGGUCAUGAAGCCGGUGUUACCAGUAUUGUAAAUAGGAUGGCAUUUCCAUCGCUUUUAUUUACGGGGAGUUAUGAUGAAAAUUUACGAGUAUGGGACAAGAGAAACUUGAAAGAUUCGGUUGGAGCAAUUGGUUUGGGUGGAGGUGUAUGGAGGAUAAAACAGAAUCCGAUAAGACGUGAGAUUUUUGCUUGUGCUUGUAUGCAAGGUGGAGCCCGAAUAGUGGAGUAUCGUGAUCCAGAUUUCGUUGUUCUGGAUACAUUUAUGACCGAUCGCCAGCUUGUAUAUGGAAUUGAUUGGAGCGUACCCAUCCGUUCGGAUAAUUUGGAUUCCCAGAAAAUUUCUGAUGGUCUGCAAUUUGAAUUAGCAGCAUGUUCGUUUUAUGACCACGUACUGGAUUUUUUUUCUGUUUCAUGUUGAGUUAAGGCGUCUGAGAGAUCGUUCUUUUAUUAAUUUGUUGUUGUUUCAAGUCUUUAACAUAGCAGUUGACACUUCUGCGAAACAUUAGCGUUGGUUUGUUGGGCUUUGUCGGCAGAAACUGCUGCUGGACUGGUUUGUUCUGUUUUUGCCCAAAGCGACUUGGAAAAAUCGAAUAAUUUGUAACUGAUAAACAUUUUUGCAGGAGCCGGUAUAUUUC